UAGUUUAAAUAUGGUCCCACCUCGGAAAUACAUUGUUGACUGAAAAGGUAGCUCGAGUUCUUGGAAAGUGUUGUGAAACUGGGGUUUUUCAAUGUUCCUUUUCUUCUUGGUUGGAGAAAAGGAAUUAGGAAGAAACUCACCAUUUGUGAACUAAACAACCUCUUCACUCGUGUAUAUCAUAGUACAACAGAAGCAACAAACAACACUGUAUCAUGCUCUAAAACUCAAAGGUUGCUGUUACACAGACACAAGUUCUCAAUGCCACUGUUCCCGAUCCUUGUCACAAUCUUCCUCGCUCUCCCUGCGCUUUCCCUCUCCGAUUCCUGUCCUCUCAACAUCAGCCUCCUCCAUUCGAGAUCCUCAUCGGACUCCAAGGCACGGUGGUGCGGUUACAUCUUCAAAUCCCUUCGUAUUCUUCAAUCCGAUUACCUCCACCGCACCGGUUUCUUCCCUCCUUCCAACGCCUCCUUCUCCUGCUGGAUCGCUCUCCAGAAUCACACCCGCCAAUACGACAUUCGUUCCUCCUGCAACCUCCAUUCCUCUUCCCUUUCCCUCUCCUGCAACAACAUCACCAACCAAUCCCAAUUCGAACACCAUUUUCCUCUCUCAGCUCUUCAACCCAUACGGAAUACUUGUAACCAAUCUCUCAACAGUGCCGCAUCUUGUACUCUCUGCACCAACGCUUUGUCCAACUUGGAUUCCCUCCUCCCGGACAAUACCACUGAUUGCAAGACUAUUGCUUCUAUCUAUGCUGCUUCCUUCUCCGACCUGCAACACCCCGGAACUGCUGAGUGUCUGUUCAACGUUGGUUUUCCUUCUGGUAAGCGUCGUCGAACCAUUCUUAUUGCGGUUUUUUGUACGCUGGCCUUCUUCUUGUUGGUCUUUGGUGUUGUCUGGGCUUACUUUAGAUUGAAGCAGAAGAAGAAGGAUAUUUGUAAAACUGAGAUGGGUUUGGGUUCUGGGUUGGAUUCUAUGAACCAGAGUACUACUUUGAUUAGGUUCAGUUUUGAUGAGAUUAAAAAGGCUACAAGGAAUUUCUCCGGCGAUAACAUAAUUGGGAAGGGGGCUUAUGGGAAUGUUUAUAGAGGGGUUCUGUUUGAUGGGACUCAGGUUGCAUUGAAAAGGUUUAAGAAUUGUUCUGUUGCUGGGGAUCCUAGCUUCACUCAUGAAGUUGAGGUUAUUGCGAGCGUUAGGCAUGUGAACCUUGUUGCCUUAAGAGGAUAUUGUACUGCCACUACUAAUUUAGAGGGCCACCAGAGGAUUAUCGUCACUGAUUUGAUGGAGAAUGGGAGCGUUCAUGAUCAUUUAUUUGGUUCUGCUAAGCAGAAACUGAGUUGGCCAAUUCGUCAAAAGAUUGCUCUAGGCACUGCUAGGGGGUUGGCUUAUUUGCACUACGGGGCUCAACCUUCCAUCAUCCAUAGGGAUAUUAAAGCUAGUAACAUACUUCUGGACCGCAAAUUUGAAGCGAAAGUAGCAGAUUUUGGGUUAGCGAAGUUCAAACCUGAGGGAAUGACGCAUAUGAGCACUAGAGUGGCUGGAACCAUGGGGUAUGUUGCACCUGAGUAUGCUUUGUAUGGACAGUUAACUGAGAGAAGUGAUGUGUUCAGUUUUGGGGUUGUGCUUCUUGAGCUUUUGAGUGGGAAAAGGGCUCUUCAAAUUGACACUGAUGGGAAACCCUCUGCAGUCACUGACUUUGCUUGGUCAUUGGUUAGGAAUGGUAGAGCUUUGGAUGUUAUUGAAGAUGCUAUGCCAGAACUUGGUCCAGUAGACAUUCUUGAGAAGUAUGUUUUUGUUGCUGUACUAUGUUGUCAUCCACAACUAUAUGCUAGGCCAACGAUGGACCAGGUUGUUAAAAUGUUAGAGACGGAGGAAUCAGUGUCCUCAUUAAUUGAACAGCCACUGUCUUGUAUUGCUGGGAGGAUUCAUACUGAGAAAUCUGUGUAGUAAAUGGGAGAUUCAGAGCUGAUUCAACCAGUUAGCUUAGCAGCACAUUGUAAAGUUUUCACAUUCCUAUUUUAAGCAAGGAAGUGGCCAUUGAGACCUGGUUAAUCUGAGUUGAUUUCUAUUGUAAAUGGUGUAAUAGCAUAGAGGGGACUGUGUUCUAUUAUUUAGAUAUGCAGAAAAGAAUAUAGAAUAUGAUGGAACAUCAUCAUUCAAUACUGUUGUUUAGUAACAUUUUUCAUCCUCUGAAUUUGGAUGAAAGGGGGAUGGAUUAGAAAAUUUGAGUUCUUAGGAUGUUUUUGGUCUUGAUCCUUUGGGAUCUAAAGUUGUGGGGUAUUUACUUCUGAGCAAGUUUGAAAUCUAUCUUAAUUCAA